CCUUGGUCUCCAUGACAGUCUUGUUAUUGUUGUUCAGCAGAUAAUCAUGGAUGGAUGAAGAAUACAACUGAUUUUCUCGGCAUUAAAUCCUUCCAAAUAAAUCUGUCGACGAAAUGGUGGAAUAGUCAGGUUUUCGUUUUAUGUUCGCGGACUUUUUACUCUCCUCCACGCAAGGUUUGAUUGAUAGAGCAGGUUCGGCCCAGCUCAGUGCUGGAUACUACACCUUUUCUCACAGCACAGCUGUGAUCCAGUCUAUGUGGUUCCGUGUGGGUCCGACUGUUUGUGAAGCAUGAGAGAGCAGCGGUGGUGCAGCAGCAGCGGCCCGGUCCGGACACAGGAGGCUCGGAGUCGGAUCACAGGCUUGAUGGAGGAGAUGCGCCUGUAACAGCUUCAGGAGGAUGAUUUCACGAUACAGCCGCCGGCCUGUAUCUCACAGCCUAGAGAUUCGUGGUUUGUCCCGCAGCUGUCUGGACCAGCAUCCUCUUCCAGAGGAGGCAGAUGAUGAUACUGUGCAUCCUUCCAGACUCCUGCAUGAUCUCGAGGAGGACAUGUCCUCAUACAGUAGAUCUGAGGAGUCCUCUGCGUCAUCCGUCAGAUCGGGAUGUCAGACAAUCACCACAGAUGACACAGCUCAGUCUUGGUCUGGUAUCCAUAGUUACACGGGAACUGGCAUCUCUACAGAACGCAGCUCUGUCUUUUCGUGGGGCUACGAUGAAUUUGAUAAAGCCGCUUCCAGGCAGGUCCAGCAGAUGUUUGAAGAGAUUGAAGAACAGUUGUAUGAAAGGAAGUGUGAAACACAGCUCAAAGGCCUGCAGGAAGAGUGUCAAGAGUGGGCAUCACGAUUCCCUCAUUUACGGAUCCUCGGAACACAGCUGGUUUGUCCCACAGAUGAAGGAUUCCAGUGGUACGCUACGCCAGCUCAUGCGCCCAUCCCCUCCAGUGGCGGCCAGAGCAAAGAGAAAACUAAUGAGUUGUGUGUGCAGGGUCGGAGGGCGGUUUUGUGUCGGCCCUCUUUGGAGGUGACCUACCCCAGCGUCACACCCAGUAGUAACCAUGCAGACGAGUUGCCCAGGGUGAUCGAGGCCGAGGGACUGAUAGAAGAGUACCUCGCCUUUGACUGCAGAGACCUGGAUGAGGAAUGGGAACGUGAGUAUGUGAACAGACGGCGGAGGCGCUGGCUGCCCCCUGUCUCGCCUUAUCGCUGUCGUCGGGAGGCAGUGAUUGAUCUGCUGUUUGAUGACGUGUGGCGUGAGCUCAUUGGCUGGAUGGAGGAACUUGUACGCAGGCAUUGGGAAGGUUUUGUGUCAGAUGAUGAGAAAAAUUCCGUGGCCCUCAGCCCUGCCUGCCCAGAUACCCAGAAUCCUUUUCUGCUGCUCUCCAAUGUCUCAACAGUGCUUCCUCCACUGUCACAGACCAGAACACAACAGCUCGCGGCUAGCUUGCAGGCCCAGAGCUCAAAGUCAUGGGGUUCAAAGCACAAGUCAAGACGGAAAUCCAAAAAGCAGAGAAAGUCAUCGACUACCAGUCGAGUACCUGUAGGGGCGGCGGUUGCUCAUCACAAUCUCAAUGACCUCAUCAUGAUACAUGGGAUUCCACUGCAGCAAAGGAACCUGGGAACACUGGACCGAAUAGCUCAGGACCCCGAAGAAAAAGUGUCUCAUCGUCCCGGCUCCAGUGUCAUUCCCACCGGUAAAGCUCGGCCCCGUCGUGCACUGGAACAAAGCACCUCCUCUUUGACCCGCCCCCCUCAGUCGGCACGGCGACGGAACCCGCCCCCUCGCACUCUGAUGCCGUUGACGUCCAGUGUAACGCAACCCGUCGCAACUGGCUCCAUGGAAGAGGUGGUCAGAGGCACAAGAUUGACGACCGCCAGUGAUCGUUUGGCCUCACCUCCAAUGCCUCUCAGUAGAAACACACUCCUCCCUCCCAUUGGCACGGGAGACACAGACCACACAUACUCCGGACAGCACUCACGGCUUAUGCAGAAGCAAAGAGGCUCCUCGAGUCGUGCGCACAGUGCAGUGACCGACGAGGGUGUCAGCCUGCAGCCCCGAGACAAACUACACCUGUUGGAUGUGUUUUCCAGACCCAACACCACACAUACCUUUAGGUCAGACACCCCUUAUCGCCGUUCAUUCACUGGAAUAGACAACAUCGGGCAGGGACGACCUGGUCGAGCGUCUGUUGGUGUAGAUUCUCUGGGAAUUGGUGUCACUGGAAUCAGUUUGGGCAUCAGCAGCUCCUCCUUCAUAGACUCAUUUUCCCAUCAUCCCCUUGGCCACUUUCCCAUCGAGCAUGAGGAGGAGCCAGAUGCAAAAGCUCCACCCCCAGUGUCUGUUCCAGCACGUUCCCACAACAGAGGCGGUUCGACGGCACGCAGUAGCAGACCAGGGCUUUAACACAAACACACAUUCACACAUGCAUACAAUCUCCCUCACCUUCUUGAACCAAACGCACCUCAGCACUGACGCAACUUUUCUUCAGUACUGACAGACGCUUUAUACGUCUGCUGGACUUUUGUAUGACACGCCGUUUGGGCGUGGACUUUAUUUAUGACCGCUGUUGUUAUUAUUAGUAGUAUUGUUAUUCAUGUCGUUGUUUGAAAUUUUCUAAAACCCUAUUUUUGUAUAUUGGACUAUUCAGCUUCAUAUGGCUGCCAAAUACAGGAAACUGUCUUUCCCUUACAUCUGUAGAUGUACUGUACAUGCUGUACUGUAUGGAGUAACAACUUUUUGGUUUUCCCUAAAGACGGCUCUAUGAAGCCUACAUGGAGUUUCUAUGCAGGUUCAUUCAAGCAGGGUGUUUAAUGUUGCCUCGAUGGCGUGUUCAGGACCCUACUGGAUUGUGGAACCUGCUUUAGAAGAUACUUUCUAUAUAUAUCCAGGAUGGAUGUUCCAUUGUGAUGCAAUUCCAACAAUUUCAUCCAUGAUCAUGGACAAUAGGUGUGUAAGAAUUAUUUUUAUGAACGUUAUAAAGGGUCUAAAGGGUUGCGACCCUUUGUAUCAUGAUUCCGUGAUUAUGUAAUGUUCAAUAACAUAACAUUCAAACUGAAUCCAAGGUCUUAUUCAGUGUAGAACCACCAUGAUCCUGUUUUUCAGAAGGAAAACAACUGCAAUACGAGAACGGGCCUGUACAGUAGUGCAACCUACAUAAUGACGGAUGAAAGAGGUUUAAAGUUUCAAGUUUUAAAACUGUUUAAAACAGUCCCGUGAGCCAUACUGGGCUUGGCAAGCGACGGACAGCAUGGUGUUUAUUAAAUAUUACAUAUAUAAAUAUAAACGCACACAGAGAUUGCAGAGUUCAGGGUUUGUUCAAAUAAGCGUACUGUAAAUUUUAUUUUUGUGUGUGUGUGUCGGCAUUAAGUGGAUUUUACAGAAAUAUUAUAGGGCAAUUUUUCAUUUAAGACUUUUAAAUGGCCAUUUGGUUCUUUUGGUGCCAGGAAAUCCUUAAAUAUUUAACUCUGACUGGUAAAGCACAUUUUGACGUACCAUUUUACUGGCAGAUAUUGAAUGUGGCUCUUACAGGUUUGUAAUGUUUAUGUGGCAGCUUCACUGUAACAGCAUUUAUUUAAAUCGUACCGACUCUAACUGAACAUUUGCAUUUCUCCGAUUUGAUUAACGUGUUGAUCUCAGUGAGUGAGUAUUGCUUUUAAUCAAUUUUUUUUUUCUAUUUGGAGAGUAACUAAGCUCAAAGCAUGUAUUAUGAGUGUACAGGCCAUCACGAUGUUUGAUGAUCAGAGAGAUGGAUUCCUCUACAGCCAUACCGAAGGGAUGUCACGGGAAGACAUCUCUUCAUACCCCAGCCUAACGCCUCCGCCUCUAAGACAGAUCCAGCUAUUCUUCACUCAGCUCGGCAAGGACAAUCUAGAGUUGCAGAAGUUGUAGCCAUAUUUGACUUUCUUUUGAGAUUUCUAGAGUUCCAGUAGACACUCUGUGCUGUUUGACCACAGAGUUUCAUUGCUGCUGAUUCGAGUGGGCAGAUUUCAAGAGCCAUGUCACCUGGAUCAACAAGACCACGCUGGUUUUUUAAUCACGGAUGCAGAUCUUUUGCAAGCGGACUUGUUUUGUGUGGGAAAUAAUGGUUUAUCUGCUCUAAGUCUGGUGGAGAUGACAGUGCUGGAUGGGAGUGUGUGUGACUGUGUGUGCGCAUGUGUGUGUGUGGAGGUGACCACUCUUGGCAGGUGUAGCACUGCUGUAUCUAAGAUUCCCCCUAAAUGUUUACCUCUGUAACAUAAAUGAGAAUGGCAAUUGAAAAAUAAAGGUAAUUAUUUGAAUAAUAUGGUGUUUUUCUUUUUGUCUUAGACACUGUAACAGUACUGUAUAUUCAUGAGGCUGUAUCUCAGUAGCAAUAAAGUUUUUGAGCAUGUUGGUUUCGAACACCUAGUUCAGA